AAUUUUUAUUUCAGUUUUAUUCUUUAAUAAUAUUUUAAGCUUAAAAGAAAAUGAAUAUAAUACGCAGACAAUUUAAGAAUCUAUCCAUUAUCAGCAAAAAUUUAAUACAAAAUACAUAUUGUACCAAAUAUCCGACAUUACCAGAGAAAUGGGUAAUGCCAAUAAAAAUAUGUAGUGUUGAGCCACAGAAGAGCGGCGAUGGUGGGAUAGAUUAUAAAAUUGCUGAAACAGAUUAUAUUCAACACUUUGAUAAAUCAAAGGAAUUGCAGAACUGUAAUGAGAUUUUAAACAAAUUAUGUAGUGUCAAAUAUAAUCGUAAAAAAGAAUUAGUUCAUGUUAGAAGAAUCAAAGCUCUUGAAUUAGUACAACGUCAUAAGCUGGAUAGAGGCUCCAUGGAAUCUAGAAUUGCUGCAGCAACUGUUGAAAUUCAUCGAUUACAAGAGCAUUAUAAUAUAUGUAAAAAAGAUAUACAAUCAAAAGUUUUUUUGAAAGAAUUGAUUGAAAAGAGAAGAAAGUGGUUAAAAAAAUUGAGACUCAUUGAUUAUUCUCGUUUUGAAUUUUUACUUGAAAAACUUAAUCUUACCUAUCAUCCACCUCUUGAACAAGAUAUAAGGUUAACGGUUAAAUAUUCAACCAAAAAACUUCAUGAAAAACGAUGUGAUCAAAUAAUUCAACAGAAACUUGAUACGUAUAAAGCAGAAUUACAAGGUCAACAGAAGGAUUUUUUCAAAGAGAAAGCAGAAAAACUUGCAUUUAUAAGGAAAGAAGAAAUUGAAUGUGGUAUAGUUCCAACAAUUACUGAGUUACAAAUUAAAGAAGCCGAAGCUAAAGCUGCUUCAUUUGUAUAAUAAAAUUUUAUGAAAAUGAGUUGCUAUAAAGAUUUAUG